CAUAACUCCAACAGUGUGAUGAACAUGUCUUUCAACAAAAAACUGUCGAUUCCUCCUUUCACCACGUCGCCUUCUAACCCUGGCACGACCAUCGUGCAUGCCUAAACAAUUUAAAUCAGUUAUAUAUUGGCCACCCCGUAUAACACCCACUUCAACUGACAUUGUCACCGAUACCAUUUAUACGCUAAAACUGCAUCUGUCCGAUCAAAAGUUCCGAACGAAUAUUUGAGAAAAUGCAUUCGUGUAGCCUGAAGCAAGAUCGCCCAGUCUACAAACAGUUCAGCAAGAUGCCAAUGAGAUGGUUCAACUUCAUCAGUAUCUCUAAAGAUCACCCGGAAUCAAGGAACUUCUUCAGGAGCGACUUGGCCAUUCGCCAAGAGAAAGAGAGACACAUGCACUCCAAAAGCUAUUUCAUAGUACAUCCUUUCAGUAAGUUCAGAGCAUGGUACGAAAUACAUCUCCUUGUGCUUUACACCACGCUGAUAAUAUGCAAGCCGAUUCUAGUGAGUUUUUCGACGAGUCGGUCCAAGCCGUACUUCAGCAAUCUUCCCGAUCUUUUUAAAAGUUCGAUUUUCUGCAUGGAUCUUCUAUCUAUAGUCGAUAUAGUUAUGAACUUCAUCACCGGAUAUCCAAUCAGACUCGAGAGAAGAAUCGAACUGGAUCGUUCAAAAAUCGCUAAGAACUACCUGUUCAGUCCCUACUUCGUAUGCGACGUACUUUCAUCGUACCCCAUGACGCUUCCUUACCUGGCGAACCCAGACUUUUGCUCGGGCCGUUGUCACACGUACAAGGCCAUAAUCGCUCUCUUUAUGUUGUUCAAAAUCGCUCGAUUAGUCACGGUGGUGAAUCUCAUGGAUAAAGUUAACGAUCACCUUAACUUGCACCUGAAAGGGCCAAUGUUCUUGAUAGCUUGCAUCACGGUGUCGCUGAUCAUCACUCAUUGGAUGGCUUGCAUGCACUGGGGCGUGUCAAGGAUAUUCAGACAUUACAUCCGUCGGGAAGACAUAAAUAGUAGCAGAAGUUGGAUAUACAUUACCGGUGCCUAUAGAAUGCCUUUCAGCAAUCAGUACACAAGGGCGUUUCUCAGGAGCAGCGCAUGCGUUUUGGGAGUUUAUGUUCCAGUUCACAAAUAUGGAGAAGAGGAAUAUGUUAUGUUUAUCUUCACCUACAUCGUUGGAAAAAUGUUAAUAUUUUCAGUAUGGGCUGUUUUGGCGAUAUACAUUUUGGGAACAAGAUCAAUGAAUAUCAGAUUCCUAGAGCUGAUAAAUCAAAUACAAGCAUACACGAAACUGAGCAACUUCCCUACUGAUCUCGAAGACAAGUUACUGAAGUUCUGCUCCGAAAAAUUCAAUAAGAAGUAUUUUCGGGAAGAAAGUAUUCUAGGAUUUCUAUCAGAAAAAUUGAAGAACGAUGUAAACAGACACUUCUCCAAGAAACUCAUCGGCUCUACGCUGCUUUUCAAAGAUUUGACCGCGAAUGAGGUGGACCAAAUUGUGGCUAGACUGACUCCUCAAAUUUUUCUGCCCAAGGAUGUUAUUAUCAGGGCCGGUGACGUUCCCAACGCCCUGUAUAUAAUAAGCAGUGGAACAGUAGCGGUGUUUACAAGAAGCGGAAAAGAGGUAUUUCAUCUACAAGACGGCGACGUGUUCGGCGAGGUUUCGCUGGUGCUGAAAACACAAACGAUGACAACAACGAUAGCCUUAGAAACCACGCAGGUCUACAGGCUAAACAAAAAGGACUAUAUGACUUACAUGGCUAAGAACAAACUAGUUACGUCAAAGUUGAAGCACUGGGCCACUACAAGAGCUAAGAACAUUGAUAAACUGGAGGAACAAUACAAGAAGGAGAUGUUCGAAGAAAUGUACCGCAGACCCAGCAAGAUAUCCAUGCUGGCCUCAUCUCCUCCAACAGCCAAGAAGUGAAUUCGAAAUAUUAUUGUUUUUUUUUAUUGUAUUUGAAUGAAAAUUGUAUUUCUGGAUAAUAAAGGAAUCUACAAAGAAAAA